AUGACUCGGAAAGAGGCACGUCGGUUGCUUCCUUGUCCUGCUCACAUGAUACCGGGUCACACUCGAUACUCCGCCCCCUCGGGGCCUAAGUGUCAGCAAGCGGUCGGUUGUGACGCCGCACGACUGGGUCAGUCGGCGAACAUUGUGAAAGGUGUGGACUGCCACAUCCGGUGGGUGGGAAAAGGGUUCAUCAUUUCCUUUAAACGACGAGAAGACGCCAAAUUUAGCUUCAAAGUAGACUCAUUUAGAAGGCAGUAA